AUGGUCCUGGAGGAUGGACGGCGGCCGAGUACGGAGGAGCGUAGGUGUCCCUCUCUCCACACAUGUGCGGCGCACGUACAGGUGCCACUGAGUCUGGUAGGAUUCUUGGACCGAGGAGGGGGUUCACCAGCGGCACGGACAGCAGCAGCAGCGGAGAGUGAGAUCCGCGGCCGGAGAAGCCAGGGCACGGAGCGCAACACGGCAAGCAGGCAGAGUUACUCUGCCCCUGGCCGGGCCGGGCCGAGGAAGAAGGGGAUUGGAUCCACCCUUCCCUGUCGAGCUCACUCAGGGCCCGACUGGACUGCGUUGUCCCCUGAGGCCCAGCACAGACUUUAUUUAGGAGUUCAUUUUGGGCAUCAUCAUCCGCGAGCUUUCGGAAUAAAUUCCUUUUUAAUUUGCUUUUGUGGUUGCACUGCUUGCUUUGUUUUUAGAACCUAUUUUAAUCUCCUUUUAAUAUUAGUGGCACCAUCCAUCCACCUCGAUCGUGUCACAAGGUUACAUCUCCAAUCUGGUCCGGGAACGCCUUGGAGUCCUGCCGGAAGAGCUGGUGGAGGUGGCCGGGGAGAGGGCGGUCUGGAGCUCCCUAGUUGGGAUGCUGCCCCCGCGACCCGGACACGGAUAAGCGGAGGAAGACGACGACGACGGUCUGGAAGUUUGUUGGAUACAGAAUUUUACCUGCCUGAACUGGGAAGUUUCUGCUCCAGCUACCAGGCCCAGGUGCUGCUCCAGCUACCAGACCCAGGUUCUGCUCCAGCUACCAGGCCCAGGUUCUGCUCCAGCUACCAGACCCAGGUUCUGCUCCAGCUACCAGACCCAGGUUCUGCUCCAGCUACCAGGCCCAGGUGCUGCUCCAGCUACCACGCCCAGGUGCUGCUCCAGCUAGGCCCAGCCCUGCUCCAGCUACCAGGCCCAGGUUCUGCUCCAGCUACCAGGCCCAGGUGCUGCUCCAGCUACCAGACCAGGCUCUACUGGGGUGAGUCAGUAACAAUGCCUCCAAAAAGAAACAAUGUUGCUGAGGAGAAACUGGAAGAGAUAAAGGAAUCACUGAGCUUUAUGUCAGAAGAAAUUACAACUGUCUCUAAACAACAGAAAGAGAUAAUGGAAUUAGUGGAGGAGGUUAAAGUCCUAAGAAUAAAAAACGAGGAAGAGGACAGGAAAAUCACCUUACUGGAAGAAAGAGUGUCAGAACUGGAACAAUAUUCAAUAAUAAAUGAUGUAAUAGUGACAGGACUUGAAACAACACACCAAACGUAUGCAAAAGCAACAGCUACAGAGAGUGGAGAACCACCUGAACAAGAAUUAAACAACUUAGAAAGGCAGGGAAUGGACUUCCUUGGUAGCAAAGGGAUACAUCUAGAGGCCAAGGACAUAGAGGGAUGUCAUCCUCUUCCACGUAAAAAUAAAAAUCAGAAACCUGCAAUCCUUAUCAGAUUUAUGAACAGAAAACACAAGAAAGAACUGCUUAAACAAGGAAGGAAGCUGAAGGGAACCAAUGAAUUAACACCUAAUCAAGAAAAAUGCAGACAUUGCAAGGCAAGCAAGACUUCUGAGAAAGCAAAAGAAAAUACAGUCAACAUGGACUUCAAACUGUAAGGUAUUCAUUAAACUGAAUGGGUCUCCGGAGCAGGCAAAGAUUCUGAUCAUUAAGGAACUAACAGAACUAGAUAAUAAAUAACAAGUGAUAAAUGAGUAUAUAAAACAAGUUUACAAACUAUAGUUAAGAUCAUCAGAAUUUUUGCUUCCAAACUUAUUUUGGAUACUGUAAAAACAACAUGGAUAACUCGGUUUGAUAUUGGUCUUGAUUCAAACUGGCAAAAAUCACACAACUGAAAUGGAUACAGAUGAUAAAAUAUAUGAUAUUGACAAUAAAAUAGAUGGAAAUUUAUAUGAAUUAAACAUAAGUUGUGAUUAUAUUGAGAAGAACACUUGAACUGUGGGAGAAUGACUAAGGACACAAUGUCACUUAUCCACAUUAAUAGUAGAAGCUUAUUUCCUGAGUUAUUAAUUAUCAAAGAUUAUUUAAAUAAAUUCAAACACAAAUUGUGUGUGAUUGCUAUAACAGAGACUUGGCUCAAAGAUGACAUGAUGGAUGAAGUACAAAUGGAAGGGUAUGAACUUUAUUUUGUAAAUAGAGAAAAUAAAAGAGGUGGUGGGGUUGCCCUGUACAUUAAAUCAGAUCUAAAAUGUAAACUAGUUAAGGAAAUGACAAUGAUGGAAGAUAAUGUUAUGGAAAUUGUAACGGUAGAAAUCAGCAAUGAAGCUGCUAAAAAUACUUUAAUUAGUUGUGUUUAUAGAGCACCAGGAUCAUGUAUUGGGACAUUUAAUGAAAAAAUUAUUGAAUUGGUUGAUAACAUUAAAUACAAAACAUUAUUUCUAUGUGGGGACUUUAAUAUUAAUUUAGAACAUGAGGCUGGACAGAUAACUGAGGAUUUUGCUGAUUCACUGUAUAGUGUAGGUUUAUUUCCCUUGAUAAACAAACCAACCAGAAUUACAUCUCGGACUGCAACAAUCAUUGAUAAUAUAUUCACUAACAAUAAGGAUGAUGUCAGGAAAACAGGGAUAUUAAUGAUGGAUAUUAGUGACCACCUACCUGUUUUUGCAGUCUUCAAAUACAAACAUUAAAUAAAACAAAACAUCACCAUGAACUACAGAAGAGAGAAAUCAGUUAAAGCCAUGGAGGCAUUAAACAAAGAUCUUAAUAAACAAAAUUGGAAGGAGGUAUACGUCAGUGAUGUCAACGCUGCAUACACAUCCUUCAUGAAAAUACUGUUGAAGUCAUACAAUGAUAGAGGUGGGAAACAUGAUCGAUUCUAAGAUGCAUCGCGAUUCAGCCGUGCAUGAUUCCGCAUCGAUGCAGCAACGUGACAUAAUGAGAUUUUCUCUCUCCCUAUGUCUGUGUCGGGGGUCAGCAACCGCGGCUCUGGAGCCGUAUGCUGCUCUUCUAUCCAUCUGAUGCGGCUCUCUGUGCUUGUAAAAUAAUGAAUGGAUAUUUAAAUAAAAUGCUUUAUAUUUUACUGCAUUAAUUUUACAUCUGUAUGCCAAUUCUAAAUGUAAAGAUUGCGUAAACCUGAACAGUUCCAACCUGGUCUUACUGUGAAACCGGGUUGAUGGGUCACGCUUGUGCGUAAUCAUAUCGGCGCAUUCUGAGCUGACGAGGAUGUGGGAUUCUGGGAUUCUCCUCAGACAGGAUCCUGGAUGUGUCGCCACAUUGGAGACGGGAACAAGCACUAUUCAGCCAAAGUUUCAUAAUCAGGGAACAUUUUCUAAGUGACAAGUCUCGCUUCAGCCGGAGGAAUCUUCCUGCAUGCGCUCUGGUUCUGCGACAUGCUCCAAGCCCCUCUCCACAUCUUCAGCUCACUGUGCACCUUAUGUAGUACACGCUGACAGUGAGCUGCGCUGAGCAGUGUCCAGCUCAGAUGGGAAUCAUUUCUUGAGUGAUUUAGCUACAUCUGCACGAAACGAAUAAAGUGUCAGUUCGUCUGCAUGCGUCGAGGUAAUUCUUUCUAUUCUUUCUCUGUCAAAAUAAAUGGCCAAAUACGGGAACUAUCCGGUCAACACAAGCCCUGCUUUUUACUGUUCUGUUUUCUUGUGAAAAUUGUUGAAAAUAGAUAAAAUUAAACUUGAUUAACACCAGAGCCAGGCGCACUGCGCCGUUGUCUCCGUCACUGUAGAGGCAAAAACAAAUUGAUCGGAUCCUUUUCUGACCUUCCCCACCUACAAAGUUUAAUUACAACAAUCAAAUGUGACAGAGCCUGGAUUUGUAUUCUGAACAGUCUAAACAUGUUUUAAAAAGAAACAUAUGACAAAAGUGGCACCUGCUCAGUAAAACCACCAACAGGGUGAAAAAUAUCAAAAUAUUGUAGGCAGAGACGGGCUACAACUUCUGGAUCCACUUUAUAUAAAUCAUUUUAUUGAUUAUCUUCUUAUGAAAGAUAAUUUUGACGUACACGAGCGACCAGUACCGGCUGUUGUCACCUGUUGUGAGCAGCGCUCUGCUGUCUGAGGGUAGGCCCCGCCCACAACGCCGCGGCUGCUGUGGCUCCCAUGUUUUCUUUACUGUGGGAAACGGGUAAUAAUGGCUCUUUGAUGGGAACAGGUUGCCGACUCCUGGUCUAUGUCUAUGCAGGACAAUAAAGUAUUGAGGUUUUAUAAUUACUUCUGGGGGCAGAGUUGCAAUGACAUGCGCACUACAGGGAUACAGGGCCAACAUUACCAGUAAUCAAAGAUGUACCCGUUACAUUUAAAUCGGAUGUCUGGGCUAAUAUCGGUUUUGGGAUCCUGGAUGUGAAAGAAUCACUUAACACAGUGUUUGUUUACUAUUUUUAAGUUCAGUAAUAAUCUAUCUUAAAGCUAUACCGAAAACAUUAUUUCUUAUAUUAUUUAAGUAAUUAUAGGCAGCACACUUUAAAAAUUAUUGCUCACUAUAGUGAAUAGAUGUAUGUUCUGUUUUUCAGGGAUUUCGAAAUCAAAAAGAAAUUGAAAACUAUUCUACUGCUUUUAUUAAGUAAUGAAAAUUUUUGUGUGAAGAAUCGUGAUACAUUUCAGACUCAAAUCGAAUCGUUAGGCAGAUAAUCGGAAUCGGAUCGAAUCGUGAGGCAGGUAGAGAUGCACACCACUAUAUAAUGAUAACUGCAAAUUAAUCAAAUCUACAGGUAAAAGGGAAAAUCAACCUUGGAUGACUAAGGGAUUAAAGAAUGCGUGUGCAAAAAAUAAUAAUUUAUAUAGGAGUUUUUUUUAAUUGCAAACAAGGGAAGCAGAAGAUCGGUAUAAAAAUAUAAAAAUAAAUUGGUAACAAUAAUUAGGAAGCAAAAAAAGAUUAUUAUGGUAAUCUAUUGAAUCAGAAUAAAAAUAACACAAAAGCUACUUGGGGAAUAAUAAACAGUGUGACUAAUAGAGAGAACAAAAUACAGUAUUCCAAAUCACUUUGUCAAGGACAAAAAAGAUAUUUAUGAUGAUAAAGAAAUCACUGAUGAGUUUAAUGAUUUUUUUUUUUUGGUAAAUGUAGGUAGGAGUUUGAUGGAGAACAAACCAAUAAUAGAAGAUAAAUUGACCACAAUGAUUAGUACUGUCAAUAGUAUUGUCCUUGACAAAGUAGACAGAGAAAAAAUAUGAAACAUUGUAAAAAACUGUGGAAACAAACUAUCAACCGAUUAUCAGGACCUGGACAUGAUAACUGUUAAAAUCAUCAUAGAAUCUGCCAUUGAACCAUUCACUUACAUUUGUAAUCUAUCACUAUACUGGAAAUUUUCCUGACGCAAUGAAAACAGCGAAAGUCAUUCCUUUGUACAAGAGUGGUGAUAAACAUAGUUUCAAUAAUUACAGGCCGGUGUCACUGCUUCCACAGUUUUCUAAAAUAUUGGAAAAAGUAAUUGUAUCAAGGUUGGAUAAAUUCAUCGAAAAAAUAAUAUUUUAAACAAUGAACAAUAUGGGUUUAGAACUAAACAUUCCACAGCAAUGGCAAUAAUGGAAUUAACGGAUAAAAUAUCAACAGCAAUUGACAAUAAAAAUGACUUUGUUAGUGUUUUCAUUGAUUUGAAAAAAAGCUUUUGACGUCAUUGGUCACUCAAGGUUACUUCGAAAAUUAAGUCAGUAUAAGAGGUGUGGCUCAUCAAUGGGCUACAACUUAUUUUAAAAAAAGGAAACAGUUUGUUCAGACAAAGGACCGUAAAUCAAACCUUUGUGAAAUUAAUUGUGGAGUGCCACAAGGGUCGGUCCUCAGACCAAAACUGUUCAUUUUGUUUAUUAACAACUUGGUAUUGUAUCUAAGACACUCGGUACCAUUCUAUUUGCAGAUGAUACAGCACUGUUUUACUCAGGAUCAAAUAUUGAGGAGGUGGCUAAAGUGUUUAUGUUUAUGUUUAUUCAUUUAGGAAAUGAUGAACUGAUUAAAAUUAAAAAAUGGUUUGAUAUAAAUAGAUAGAUACUGAAUCUUAAUAAAACAAAUUUUAUAUUGUUUAAUGAUAAAAAGAACAGUGAUGUGUCAUUGGAAAUAGAUGGGAUUGCAAUUCAAAGAGUAAAAGAAACUAAAUUUCUUGGAGUUCUUAUUGAUGAAGACUUGUCAUGGAAAACCCAAUAAUUGUAGCUCUUGCUCUUGCAUAGAGUAAAGUUUUUACUGACUAAUUCUGGUUUGUUGGCAUUGUACAAUUCACUGAUUGUUCCAUACUUGACUUAUUGUGUAGAAAUCUGGGGAGCAACAUACAAAAACUAUACACGGCCCUUAUUUAUUUUACAGAAAAGAGCUCUGAGAAUCAUCAAUUAUAGUGGCUGUAGCGAUCCAUCAAACCCAUUGUUUAUUAAAUAUAAAUUACUGAAAUUUCACGAUUUAAAAGACUGGAAAAUCAUACAAACCAUGUAUAAAGCCAAUUUAGGUACUCUGCAAACAAACAUUCAGGGGAUAUUUGAAAAGAGAACUAGUAAUUACAUGCUGAAAGAAACUGAUGUGUUUACAAAACCUAGAUUUAGAACUAAAAUUAAGGAGUGGAAUAUAUCUGUAAAUGGUGUUAAAUUAUGGAAUACCUUAAAAGGGAAAUUAAAAAAACUCUGUCAUAAUAUAUUCAUAAAAUGUACCAAAUUGAGUGUACUAAAUAAUUAUGAAAAUGUAAAUUAAAUCAAUGAUCAUGAUCGCUCUGGAAUUUAGAACAGGAAAAAGUUUAAAAUGAAUCUGUGCCUGACAAAUGGUAAUUAUAUAUAAAUUGAUUAUUUCUACUGGAAAAGGGG